CCACAGCUAGCUCAGUGCUGCUCAGAAACCCCAAAUCCAGGGCACUGUGUGACACAUCAGGCCAAAUACCAGCUGGCCUGUAGGUCAGCAGGGGCCCUUUGGCUGGCAUCUCCCAGGCCACUUCCAGACUUGUCUGGGCAAAGCCAGAACUGACUCUGGGAUUUUGACCCAAACAGCAGGGAAGAAUCUGGACUGUAGUGGAAGACUGUAAAGAAAGCUGGGUAAAAAAGAUGCAGGAGGUGAUGGUGUCACAUGAGAGUCCAGGCCCUCCACGCCAGCUGCCUGGGACCCCUGAUGCUGAGCUCCUUCAGGAAAGAGCCCCGCCGGCGCCGCAGCACCGCGCGUCUGCCCCGGAGGGAGGCCGAGCAGCCCCGCCAGGAGCGAAGAGCGCGGGGGAUCGCGGGCGAGCGCGGCCUCGGGACUCGGUGACGUUUGAGGACGUGGCCGUGCGCUUCAGCGGCGGAGAGUGGCAGCGUCUGACCCGCGCUCAGCGGCGCCUCUACGCGGCCGUCAUGCUGGACAACUACGGGCUCGUGGUCUCGCUCGGCUUCGCCGGCCCCAAGCCGCCUCUCAUCUCCUGUCUGGAGCGGGGCGCCGAGCCCCGCGUUCGCGAUCUGCAGGACUGGGGGCUCCUGAGCUGCUCCUUCCCAGUGUCAGCGGACUGGACCAGGCCCAGGACUGAGAGGGCAAGUUCAGAGCAGGAGGUGUCUGAGGGUGGGGAAGUCGGCGGUGUCCUGUCCGGGCACCCUGAGGCUGGAGGAGCUUGUGUCCAGGAUGUCAAGUCGGAGAAUGCACGGCACCCGGCCGGGGUGGAGACACUGGGAGAGGAGAAGGGGACCCUCGAGGAAGGAAGGGCCUGGGCGGUGCUCGCCAACAACUUGGGCGCAGACUCCAAGUGCACCCCGCGCACCCGAGCCCUGACCGCACGGAGCCCCCGCCCUGGUGCAGCGCGCGGCCAUACCUUCCCGCUUCUCCACGGGCGCGUCCGUGCUGGCGAGAAGCCCCACGCGUGUCACGAGUGCGGGAAAGCGUUCAAGACCAGAAAGCAGCUGCGUGUGCACCGCGUCACGCACACGGGGGAGAAGCCCUUCCGCUGCGCGCAGUGCGGGAAGGACUUCAGCAGCCCGUCGGCGCUCUGCCGGCACCGCAAGGCGCACGGUGGGGAGAGGCCGCACGGCUGCGGCGCGUGCGGAAAGGCCUUCGGCAGCGCAAGCCGGCUGCGGCGGCACCAGCGGGUCCACAGCGGCGAGCGGCCGCACGAGUGCGCGGUGUGCGGCAAGGCCUUCCGCUUCCGGCACUGCCUCACCCUGCACGGCCGCACGCACACCGGGGAGCGGCCGUACGCGUGCGGGCAGUGCGGCAGGGCCUUCCGCGGCAGCUCGGACCUCGCCAAGCACGGCCGGAUCCACAGCGGCGAGCGGCCAUACCCGUGCCGCGCGUGCGGGAGGGCCUUCCGCCGGAGCUCCGACCUGCGCAAGCACGCGCGGACGCACGCGCGGGAGCCGGCCGCGGGCUGCCCACAGUGCGGCGGCAGCGCGGGACCGCGCCGCCCCCUGACGGCCCACGCCCCCGAGAAGCCCUACCCGUGUGGGCGGUGCAGCCGCGCCUGCCGCCCCCAGAGCCGGCGCGGGGCCCCUGAGCGCGCGAGUCGCGGCGAGAAGCCGCACCCGUGCGCACACUGCGGCAAGGCCUUCCACGAUCGGCACGGCCUGGCCGUGCACCAGCGGCUGCACACCGGCGAGAAGCCGUUCGCCUGCCCCGAAUGCGGGAGGGCCUUUCGCGGGAAGUCCAACCUGACCAACCACCGGAGGAUCCACACCGGCGAGAAGCCGUACGCGUGCGAGGCGUGCGGGAAGGCCUUCCACCACCGCUCGGGCCUGACGCAGCACCGCCGGAUCCACAGCGGGGAGAAGCCCUACCCCUGCCGCGAGUGCGGCGCCGCCUUCCGCCAGCGCGCAGCCCUGGUUGGGCACCAGCGGGUGCACACGGGGGAGAAGCCCUACGCGUGCGAGCAGUGCGGGAAAGCCUUCAGGGUGAGCGCGAACCUCACGGGACACAAGAAGAGACGACAUCGAGGAUGGCGAGGCCACGCGUAUGGGGAGGGUGGGAAGGCCCCCUUCCCCGGGACCUGUCCGACCUCCUCCGUAGGCGGGGUUUGA